CAUAUUUGGGGUUACCAAUUGCAACGAUAAUUCGACACAAAGUCCGUGUUUGCUUGUAUCUACAGCCUUUCUCAUCGAAGUCCAGGCUCGUGCGCCCGCGAAGCCUCGACUCUCUUAGAGGUUGUUUGUCGACUGAGUAUCACAUAAUCGGGUAUCACCACCUUUCCUCCUCGUAGUUUUCGCUCCCUCGGUGAGUAAUCAUCUUUCGAGAACCCUAGCUUCUCGUAGAACUUGAGGGCAGAUUUGUUGCUGACAAAACACGUGAGCAUGGCCUUUUCAACUGAAGGUAUGUUCUCCGCGACGUCCGUGAAGUAGCCCAUAAGCUUCUUGCCGAGACCUGUCCUUUAUUGGAUGUCAGCUAGCUCAACGGCCAUCCGUGUUCUAUAUGUGGUACACUCCUGCAUGAUAGACGAAUCCCCGUUGAAAUGCGGAUGGUAUCAGGAACGGUCAUCUUGGCUGACUCACCCUUGUAGCUCUGGCUUCAGAUGUAUCUCAUAGCAGUAAACGACCGGCUCAUGGUUCUCGAAUGUUGGCAUUAAAGAUGUAAAGCCUUUUAUGUGGUCCUUGCUGUCUUUCACAAGGAUGUAACGAAGAUCUGGAGACCGCAUCUCCUUCUUCUUAGUGGCCGGAUGCCAGCCGAGAGAUGAAGUGCGAUAAUCUUCGCCGCUUGUUUCUUCUACCAAGUUAUAACAUGCCUCCAGGUCUCCAUCGCUCAUGCAAGUAGGGCGUAUGAGGCUCAUGGUAUAGGCUGCUUCAUUUUGUGGGUGUUUCCAUUCUGACCAACCCUCACUACUAGAUGCAACGCUUGUUAUAACUAGAUUUGUCUGACAGUUAAUAAACGUAAACUAACCUUGGCUUCACAUAUUGUGUAAGAAACUCAUCGUCUUCGAUCUUAUUGGCCGUCUCAAUUGGGUUUUCUGGUCGUUGCCGUCUUCUUCCAACCAAUCUCCUUGGUUCUUUUGUGCCAUUUGUAUCUGUCAUAGUUUUGAUGUGAGGUCUUGAUGCAAAUAGACAAUAUUGAUGAAGAAGAAAGGAUGAAGAUAUCGAAAUGGUAAACCUCCAACGAGAAUGGGAUGAUGAACCGGAAAGACCAGACCCUCUAGAUAGCCGAGGUUCGUCCGACAUGAUGAGAAAGCAACGUUUGAAGCUUUUUAUCAUCAAUAUCUCAACUUCAAAGGAAUGUCAAAAUUCACUAUUCCUCAUUUAACGAGGUAGAAGUUGGCGGAAUGGCCCUCAGCAUUCGUUUGCUGACAUUUAGACGUGGCUAUGCCACCCGACCAGGCGGUUCUCGUCUCAAGCCAACAUUAAGUCUCGACCAGUUCAUUCAAAGAGGUCGAGUUUUGGCUUUCUACCGCACUAUUCUCCGCGGGACAAAAAAGAUCGCUGAUCCUACAACAAGAGCUGAGUCUCGAAAAUACGCCCGGGACGAAUUUGAACGGCGUCGCAACGUAACAGACGCUGUAUGUUUCCCUCACUCGCUUCUCGACCCAAUUACUGACUGUUCUCUCCAAGUCACACGUUCGGUAUCUCCUCUCAAUUGGAAAGACGGAAUGGGAAGGCAUGGAGAGGUAUAUCGAUGGUAUGUAGCGCAGCAUUUGUAAAUGUAGAUGUAGUUGUACAUGACGAACAGUUCCAGUCCCAGCGCUGUCGUCUUUUUCUCAAGUUCCAGAGAAUGUUUAUUCAAGGCUUCUCGCUGAAAGAAUCGCCCAGUGUUUCGUUCGUUCUAUCACGCACAAUGCUUCCCGUCGCCCUGUCUAGCAAUGUCCGAUUCGCAGUUCGUUCACACAUAUCGUACAUAUCCUCCCGUAUCUCGUCAUUUGGAAUUAACCUUGUCGUUGCUUGUGUCGAGGGUUCGCCUUGCAGAUGAUAUACAAGUAUCCGUUAUGUCGCUUGCCGGCUUUCCGUCGGACAACCUAUCGAGUAUCAGUUCUGCCCGGCUCUAGUCCUUGACCUGAAGCCGAGUUUCUGGCUGCCCUCUCUUACCUUGCAGUGCUCGCAUCGCUUCUUUACCGAACUGUGAACCUUCAUGCCGCGAGUCUGUUGCAUCAAACCGUUUCCGAGUGCUCGAGAGAUGGGCGUGGUUGAGGGGCUGGCAAAGAGCGACCAGUUGGCGCGAGCCGCAAAAGCGCCCAUGGCAUUGUUUGGGGUCAAUGAUCUCACUGAUAGCGAGAAGGCGCGAAGAAAUGAAGCCAUCGUGGUUGAUUCUGAGGCGGACGACUCUGGCCAGAGAAAGGUUCUAUCCUUGAA